GGGCUCCAUUCACUGGACUGGGAGAGGCCGAGUCCCGCGCUAGUAGCGACACCUGUCCUGGAGAGGGGCUGCAGCUCGCAGUGGCCGCCGGAUCUUCCUGAAACUGAAGUCCCUGAAGGCUGACUGUGGAGAUUUGGAAGAUGGCGCUCAACGAAACCGCCAGCAUCUUUAGUUCGGCUUCUUUGGCUGUGGAGUAUAUAGAUUCAUUCUUACCUGAGAAUCCACUGCAAGAACCCUUCAGAAACAGCUGGAACUCUAUGAUGAAUAAUUACUCAAAAUUUCAGAUUGCAACAUGGGGAUCCCUCAUAGUUCACGAGUGCCUUUAUUUCCUGUUCUCUUUACCUGGAUUUUUGUUUCAGUUUAUACCUUACAUGAAAAAGUAUAAAAUUCAAAAGGAUAAGCAAGAACCACUUGAAGGCCAGUGGAAGUGUUUUAAAGUGCUUCUCUUUAAUCACUUUUGUAUCCAGCUUCCUUUGAUUUGUGGAACUUACCAUUUUACAGAGUUUUUCAAUAUUCCUUAUGAUUGGGAAAGGAUGCCAAGGUGGUAUUCACUUCUAAUACGGGUCUUUGGCUGUGCAGUGAUUGAAGAUACGUGGCACUAUUUUCUUCACCGGCUCUUACACCACAAAAGAAUAUAUAAAUACAUUCAUAAAGUUCAUCAUGAGUUUCAGGCUCCCUUUGGAAUGGAAGCUGAAUAUGCACACCCCCUGGAAACUUUAAUUCUCGGAACGGGUUUCUUCAUUGGAAUCAUGCUCUUAUGUAAUCAUGUCUUUUUCCUUUGGGCCUGGGUGACUUUUCGUUUGAUAGAAACAAUUGAUGUCCACAGUGGCUACGAUAUUCCCCUCAACCCUUUACAUCUCAUCCCUUUCUAUGCUGGGUCUCGGCAUCAUGAUUUUCACCACAUGAACUUCCUUGGAAACUAUGCUUCAACGUUUACCUGGUGGGAUCGUAUUUUUGCAACAGACUCUCAGUAUCUUGCCUACUAUGAAAAGAUGAAGAAAUCGGAGAAAAAAACGGAAUAAUAUCUCAUCAAAAUCAACCUGAACGUACGCCUUUUCCUGACUCAAAGCUAGUAGCGAACAUUGCUUCUGGGGACCAGAAAUAAAAUAUCUUGGCUGCUAAGUGAUAAAAAGAAAUUAACCCUUAUUCUCUGCCAAGUGGGAACUUUUUUCUACUUUAUCUACAAAGUCUGAAUGUGUAGCAAGAAGUAAAUAUGUAUAUUUAAGUAUUACUUUUUCAUGAGGAAUUUUUGUAGAGAUUGUGUUGCUGACAGAAAGGUUUUAAGUAAUGGAAGCAGUAUUAAUGUAUGACUGUAACCAGUAAGAAAUACCUUAAGUUUAAGAGUUGAUCCUUGUCUUUUAAAUAGAGAAUGGUUAUAAACUCUCAAUAAUGGUGGUGAUUUCAUACUGAAAUCAUUGUUUAGAAUAUUUCUAAAGAUCAAAAUAUCAUGGAUUGAACAUCAGUUGAUCUUCUGAGGGGAUAGCCACCACCAAGAAUUUCUUUCUUAGCGAUAACUGACUGACUUAAAUGGUUUAUUUCUCUUUGAGAAGCCCCAACCCCUCACCCCUUUUUCCUUUUUAUUAUUGAAGUAUACUACUGGCACCUAUAAAUUAAGGCAUUCUGGAUUGGUGUCUGUGAUGUGUUUUAGUCUUGAGGUUUUUAGGUAAUUGGAAUAUGUUUUAAUAUUGGGCUUUAUUUCUGCGAUUGACCAUUUCAUUUUUGUAUAUCAUGUUUUCAUUAUUCUAAAGCUGUACCUUGAAACUUUGUAAACUGACUUGCUGUCUUUGCACUUUGAGCUACUGAAAUAAAUGUGAUUUUUUUGGGCUGAA